AUGUUCCUCAACAAAACCUCUGAGAAAGUUUUGGAUCAUUUCAGGCAUCAAGAAAACAAACAUCAAUUAAAAACCAAAGAUUCUAUGGCGAAUACUCAAACUUUGGUUAAAAAGAGCCAUACACUUCUUACAGAGAGGAAAAUGAGUGCUAAGCACUCUCCUAUGAAGGCAAAGCCAGAGAAUAUACGUAAGAAGGAUAAAAUGAGCUCUAAGCGUGGAAAGAAGAAUCCUACUGUUUCUCAUAAAACAGCGCUGACUUAUAAAACUUCAAAAGCCAUCUACGAGGGAAAGAUGUCAUGCACAAUCGCUGAAAGAUUGAGAUCAAUGGAUUUAAAUAAACCGACCCUUAAGGCUAAACAGCAUGAAGGACUGCAAACUUUUAUGGCUGAAGAUUCUGCUCCUAUUUGAGAAAUCAAGAAUGAUAAAAAUAGAUUCCCACAAAAGGAUCCAUUUACGAAUAUAUCGAGCUUUCAAAAAUUAAUCAAAUUGGAUCUUGCUCCAGCAACUACUAGAGCUUCUGAGCCUCUCAAAUGAAAAGUGGUUUAUACCAAAAAGAGGAAAUCAAUUAAGCCAUCCUCUCUUCAGAGGAAAUUAAGUAGAAGUAUAAAGCGUGACUGAAAGUCUUCCCAAAAUCUAUACCUCAACACAUCAAUUAAAAAGCAAAAGAAGAUAUCAACUAAGCGUUACACUCUAAUCCACACUCCCCAAGACAGCACCACUCCCUUCUCCGCGAAAGGUUCCAAAAGGAGUUCUUCAAGGAUGAACCCUUCUUUCUCCUGAAAGAAGAGCCCAGUAGAUUACCAAAUAGAAUGUACUUUCACUGAAAGUGUAAAGCAGGCUGAGAAGAUGCUCAGAACAGCCAAGAACAUUGAACUUAUAAAGAACGAAGACAGCACGAAUUCUUCAGACACCCAGAAAGUCAAAACAGUUCUAGAGAACUACUAUAAGGAAGACUGCCCUCUUGAAAUGCCAGUCGAUAGGAAACAAAUGCAUGAAACCCUCGAUGAAGAGGAAGAAGACGCUUACUAUAGAGACCUAAAGACUGUUCUUCCUGAAGAUCUCCAGGUCAUGAAAAAAAUAGGCUCAGGAACUUUCGCUAGAGUUUUUCUGUGUAAGAGCAUGAAAACGCAAGAGACUUAUGCCCUCAAGGUCAUUGAUAAAAAGAAGCUUAAAAAUAAAGAUCUGAUUAGGUAUGCAGUAACAGAGAGAAAAAUAUUGCAAGAAGUAAAGAGUGACUUUGUUGUUUCACUCAAGCUAAGCUUCCAGACUAAAUCUCACUGAUACCUCCUCAUGGAUUAUUGCCCUGGGCAAGAUAUUUGAACUUAUCUAGACAAAGAGUCUUCUUUCAGUGAAGAUAAAGCCAGAUUUUAUCUUUCUGAAAUAGUCGCUGCAAUUCAUGCAUUACAUAAAAAUGGAGUCAUUCACAGAGAUUUAAAACCUAACAAUAUAAUGCUUGAUAGUGACGGUCACAUAAAAUUGAUUGACUUCAACCUUUGUAAAACUGGAAUAGCCACUUCUCUCCAAAGGACAAAGUCUUACUGCGGGACUCCGGCUUAUAUGGCACCAGAAGUAUUGUCAGCUAUCUCAUAUGGUAGAGCAAUAGAUUGGUAUUUAGUUGGAGUGAUCCUUUACGAAAUGGUAGUGGGAAUUCCUCCAUUCUUCCAAUCAGAUAUCUCAAAAGUGCACAGGGGGAUUCUCAGAUCUAAACUUGAAAUCCCAGUGAAAUGUUCUGACGAGUGUAAGGACCUCUUACAUAAACUCUUAUGAAAAAACCCAAGCAAAAGACUUGGAAAUAUGCCUCAUCUUACGAAUGAGACUGGAGCUGGGGAUGUUCUUGCUCAUCCAUGGUUUAAAGGUAUCACAUUAGAGCAGAUAGAGGCUAAAGAACUUCAUCCAUAUAUUCCAUAUCUCAAGAAAUCGAACUUGGAGAUGGAAACAUCACUUAGCCCAAAAGAACAAAAAUAUUUAGAGACAUUUAACGAAAAUCUUAAAAACAGCUUACUGAACAAAAAGCUUAAAAGAUCAGACGGAAAGAAGAUACAGAAAUGGACGUUCAUACAGGAAUAAGCUAAACCAUAUUGAUUUCUCAAUAUUUCA